AGUUAAGAGUGCGAGUCUGUCUAGGAUAGAAGGUUACUUGUGAUUAGAUAGAAGAUUAGUGGUGCUUUUCAGAAUAGUUUGUGCUGAAAGAUACUUAGGUAUUUUAGAAUAUGAAUACCUAGUGAUCCGCUUGAGAACUUUACUAUUAAACUCUAGUUAUCCAAACUAUCCAAUUGGAACUAUGAAGACUCAGUUAUUGUAGUGAACUCUCAAAACAACUUCACUCCAAAACUCUAGUGUUUCAAACGUUUCUAUCAAGACUAUUAGCUACCAGUGACACUCGUAAACUCUCAAAAAAUCUACCCCUGAACUCUAGUUUUCCAAACGUAUUUAUCAAAACUAUGAACUCCCAGUGACUGACUUACCCUAGUGGACUCUCAAGAACAACUUCACUCCAAAACUCUAGUGUUUCAAACGUUUCUAUCAAGACUAUUAACUACCAGUGACACUCGUAAACUCUCAAAAAAUCUACCCCUGAACUCUAGUUUUCCAAACGUAUUCAUCAAAACUAUGAACUCUCAGUGACUGACUCUUAUGAACUGUUAAGAACAACUUUACUCCAAAACUCUAGUGUUUUUAAAGUUUCUAUCAAGACUAUGAACUCCCAGUGACUCUAGUGAACUCUAAUUUCAAACUCUACCCCUGAACUCUAGUUUUCCAAACUUAUUCAUCAAAACUAUGAACUCCCAGUGACUGACUCCAGUGAACUCUUAAGAACAACUUCACUCCAAAACUCUAGUGUUUUUAGAGUUUCUAUAAAAACUAUGAACUACUAGUGACUCUAGUGGACUAACUCUACUUUCAAACUCUAGUUUUCCAAACUUAUUUAUCAAAACUAUGAACUCUCAUUGACUGACUCUAGUGAACUCUUAAGAACAAAUUCACUCUAAAACUCUAGUGUUAUAAACGUUUCUAUCAAAACUAUGAACUAGUGAACUUCUAGUGAACUAAUUCUACUUUCAAACUCUAGUUUUUCAAACGUUUUAUCAAAACUAUGAACUGCCAGUGACCUACAACAAUGUACAACUCUAUAAUCACUAGUUAUUGGACUCUACCAACCGUCCUAAUCCUCCUCGGCGGUACACUAGUUUCGGCCGUUCCUCUCACCUGGACGAUCCCAGCUUUCGACCCAGACAAUGACGCUUUCGUCCUACCCGAGUCGAUCAUCCCCACCCAAUACAUACUGAGCCUGGUACCCGACAUUAAAUCAAAGAAAUUCCACGGGGAAGUUGAUAUUCUGGGACAGACAGAUGAUACAGGGUCGGAAGUUAGUAGAGUGGUGUUGAAUGCUGACGAUAUAAAAGUGAAAAGUGUGCAGAUGGUCGAUUUGACGGACGGAGGGAAAAAAGUGGAGAUUAGGGAUUUUUUGAUUAAGAGGAUUCCCCAGUGGUUGGUGGUGACCCCUGUUCAAAAUCUCACGGCCAAUUCAGACUACCAGCUGAGGAUUAAGUUUGAAGGGAAUUUCGGAAUUGAGGCGGGGAUGUACCAUGCCAGCUAUGAUGAUGAUUAUACGAAGAUUGGCGGAGAUGUUGUCCUGACUGAGUUCCAAACAACGUAUGCCAGGAAAGUGUUUCCAUGCUGGGACGAACCCAAAUACAAGGCUUCUUUCAUAAUCAAGGUGGCCAGAUAUCCAGACCAGAUAUCUCUCUCCAAUAUGCCUCUCAAGAGUACAUCAGUUCCUGACAGCCCCCACGAGGACAACAGAGUCUGGGACACCUUCGAGGAAUCUCCCGACAUGUCGACCUAUCUGGUGGCAGUAGUGGUAGCCGAUCUGGUCUCCAUCAGUGACCCAGAACGCAACCUGUCCAUCUGGACGCAGCCGGACGCAGCCGCCCAGCAGGGCGCCCAGUAUGGACUCAACCUGACUGGACGGUUGAUGGAUCAGAUGGAGCAGUGGACGGCCAUUGACUACACACUGCCCAAGUUGGAUCAGGUGGCUCUGCCCAAACUCAGGCAUCAGGCCAUGGAGCACUGGGGGGUCAUUGCUUUCAGCGAACGUUUUCUGGUGGUGGACGACAUGGACUCUCUAAAACAAAAGCAACAGGUGGCAUUCCACAUUUGCCACGAACUGAAACGUUUCCUGAUGACCAACUCAUCAGGCGAGCAAUCGGCUAAAUCACCCCGCUGGUGGAUUCCCCUCUCCUACACGACCAGCACCGAACUGGAUUUCAACGACACGAGACCACGUGAAUGGUUUAACGUGUCCAAUGCUUUCCACCAGGUCGAGAUCAACCUCGAUGAUGAUGAGUGGAUAAUGUUCAAUAUUCAACUUGCAGGUUUCUACCGUGUGAACUACGACCCCCAUACCUGGAACCUCCUCAUCGACGACAUGAUCAGCUGUGAGUUUGCAGACAUCCACCCUCUCAACAGAGCUCAGCUUCUAGACGAUGCCUUCACACUGGCCAGUGCAGGGUACCUCAACUAUACUACUGCACUCAACCUCAGCCAAUACCUGGCGCAUGAAACCGACAUCAUACCUUGGACCACUGCCUUCGAUAUUUUCAAAACUCUGGAAGCCAAGUUGAUUGGCACGCCUGCUAGGCCCUUGUUUAGGCGCUACAUCCAGAUGCUGGUCUCCAACUGGUACUCAUCACUGAGCUUCGACGACGACACGACACCAGAGUGCGACACCAGUCAGCUGACGCGGAUGACAGUGGUGGCCCUCGCCUGUGGCUUCGGACACCACGGUUGCGUCGACAGGGCUCUCAAACAGGUCUACCUGCUCAUGUCCGAAGCUGAAACUCAGAUUCCGACAGACCUGGAGGACAUCCUGCUGUGUACAGCUGUGAAUGCCGGCCCAGAGGAGGUGUGGCAGUUCGUGAGGAAGCAGUACAUGUCGACCACCAGUCGUAAGAAGAGGGAGUCCUACCUGGAAGCCAUGGCCUGCUCUCAGGAUCCCAGCAAGAUCAUGCAGAUGCUUGAAGAUUCUCUGGACGUGAAAUCGGAGUUCUUCAAAAAUAACGAGGGAAAUACUCUGAUUGGAGCACUGGUUCGGAGAAAAACAAAUUCGGAGACCAUGCUGAACUUUUUCUAUAAGAAUGCGGAGGAAAUUUCAGCACUAUAUGGUCCUGAAGACUUACAGAACUAUUUCAUGUUUGCCACCCUGCAUAUGAAUCCAAUUCAGAUUGAUGAACUCCACUCGUUCAUGGAAGGCAAAAUGAAACAGCUGAACCUGACCGGCAUCAACAAAGUAUUCUCAAUCGAAAAGUACAUCUCAAUAUGAAACAAACCGAAGUCAACACUUGGUACGCCAGCUACUACCACGAUAUCUACAGGUGGCUGCUACAAGAAAACGAAACCCUAGAAACCGAUUCGACAGUCGAUACUACCUUAUCGACACGACCUAUCGAUACUAGCACACAACCCAUCGAUAGCACAAGUAUCGAUACUACAAAAAUAUCGACUCUCGAUUAUGUCACUGAAGACUAUGAGUCGACUACUGACAACGGCAUGAGCGGAGCUGGGGAGGGGGAGAUUGAUUAUGAUGAUGAUGAUGAUAACGAAGAUGAUGAUG